GUGAGGGGAGAGACGCGAUGCUGUGAGAGAACGCGAGACUCUGCGAGAACAGCACGAGGAAUUCAACAAGGCGGCGCGACACCGGUAGUAAACAACAGCGCGACAAACUAUCCGCCAAUUUAAGUAAAUAACUACCUUAUUUUUCGGAAAAUAAUCAACCACCCUACCAUUCUGGAUAACACCGAAGAAAGUUUCGAGUACAUCGACGAGUGCUUCGAGCGUCUGGUAAUGGGGAAAAAGGAGACGGCUCCAAACAAGCGUUCCCGUCCGUCUGACUCACCUGAGUCACCUGGAGCUAGCUCGGCGGAUAAAAACAUCACGGACAUCCUGGAGUCCAUCGAAAAAAAAAUAACAAGUUUCGACGCACGUCUGGCGCUAGUGGAACUCCUCCACAAAGAGUUUAUGGCCCUCCGCGACUCCCUGGAAUUUAGCCAGCAGCAGGUGAUUUCUCUCGCCACCGAGAACGAGGCCCUGAAAGGAACGGUGCAGUCCCUGACGGAGGAUGUGGCUCAGCUAGCGGCCGAAAAUAAAAAAAUAAAAGAAGGUAUCAUCGAUCUGCAGGCCCGCAGCAUGAGGGACAACCUGGUGUUCUCGGGGAUUCCAGAACAGGCGGAGGAAAACACGGAAACCACAAUUAAAAACUUCAUUAAACAACAGAUGAAGAUCCCAGCGGAAGUUGUCGACAAGAUGGCGUUCCACCGUUCGCAUAGACUAGGAGGAAGACGACCGGAUGGCCAGCGUCCUCGACCCAUCGUUGCCAAGUUUCAUGACUUUAAGCAGAAGGAACUGGUUAAGAGCCGGGGCAGACAGCUGAAGGGAACCGACUACAGCGUCAACGACCAGUUCCCCAAGGAGAUCCUCGACCGCCGCCGCCGACUGUUCCCCAUCCGUAAGAGGUUCAUGGCAGAAGGCUGCAGGGCCGUCAUCAGCGUCGACAAACUGUACGUCAACGGAGAGCUCUACCGGGACCGGGAAGCAACUCCGUGGCUGUACUAGCAGGUGAACUGAGCGCGAUGAGGGUAAAUCCGGAUCUGGACUCCUUUCCCACCAUCAGCAGAAGAACCGAAGGAGAAGAAGCGCCUGACCAACAACCAGAACAGGGUGGAAGCUCUGACACCACAGCAGCUGGAGGACACAGACCACAGCAUGGACGCCUCACCGACUCACACAACGUCUGCAGCCAUCACGUUCUGGGCUCAUCAGAUGAACCAGCUACUACAGACCCCGCACCAGCAUGAAAGGACUGUGUCUGAAGCUUCAGAGGAAACUGUCUUACAAGCGUGUGUGUCUGACAGACACCUGCUUAUGACAAUCAGCAAAGGAAAACAAGGACAGAGAAACAGCAGAGAAGACGUGCUCUGACACAGACACUGGUUGAAAGAACAGGAGAGGCUUCAGACGUGAUCGGCCCAAAAGAGCUGCAACCGAGGAUCCAGGAAAGGUCUGUCAUCGAGGAACAACUGUCCCAUUGAAAUGCUUCACCCGCUGGCGCUCACAUCAGACUGAUGGUUGGGGAAGGAGGAAGGUGACGGUUCCUUUUCACGUGACGUACAAGACGGUACCGCAAACACACACACACAUUCAUACACGCAAUGAAGUAACACGCUUACAGCUGAUACACGCUCAAAUUCAUGUUCAUGCUUAUCUGCUUGCAAUGAAGAAUCGCUUUUUGCUCAAAAAAAAAAAUCCCACAGAGUGAUUUUAAAAAUAUGACAAACAGCUAAAUGACAACUGCUGCAUGACUUUACAGUCUGAUGGGUUUAAACUAUUUCAAUUUGCAACAAAUUCAGUAAUAAAAUCCUCCAUGUUUCUAAAAAUACUUGUGCACAAUAUAGGUUUGUCUGGCCAGACUGUAGAAAAACAAAACAGACUGUAGAAAAAACAAAAAAACAGACUAUAGGACGACUGAAACCGACUGAAACAGACUAUUAAUGACUAUUAAAGGGAAGACGACUAUUAGAGAGAAGUAAUAAUAAUGACUGUACGUACCAGAUUAUUAAAGAAAAACUUAUUCUUUCACUGUCUUGUGCAACAUCUGACAGCAAGACACCGUAACAUUCAUUUUUGCUUUCAACCUUAUGCCCAGUUUAAAUUUUUAGGAAGAGAUCUUGUGUAGUUUAGGUAUUUGAUUGAUUUCCACUCCAGACGGAGUGCAGGUUACGUCUACAGACAUUCUAAAUAAUCCCUCUUUUGUUGGUGUUAACUUCAGCUCAGCUGUGCUCUUAUCAUUGGCUGCUGAGGGGGGGCUGUAACUGAGGCCCUCACACAGGCUGCAUCACAGCUUGUUUAUGAUUUCACACACACACACUGACAAACUGGCCUCAACUUUCCUCUUUUGGGAUGAACACAGGUCUGCGCUUGCGAUUUCUUUUACUAACGAACAAAAAAGAUUUUUGAUGUUUAUUUUACAGUUCCACACGUCCCUCUGUGAAAACAUGAUGGAGACAGAUGCAGGACGUGGGUCCUUUCGUGAACAGAUGUCAACGGGGUAGAGACUGGUGAACGACUUCUGACCCCAUGUGACGUAUUCACCUACUUUGCAUACUUUUAGAAAACUUC